CCAAAACCAAACGCUUUAAAUAAAUCCUCACACCCCAUUCAUUUUCCUUAUCGCCAUCUCUCCUCUCUUGCAUGCUUUGCUCUACCUUUAUUUUCUCUCUCUAAAAUCAAACCAAUCUUAGAGAAGAACAAUAUCAAAUAUCACCACACACAAGAACGUACAAAUCUGCUCUUUCUCAUGGCAGUUGAAGCAACGCAUCUAAAUCUUUUUCCGGGCCAACUCAUUCAGGACAGGCACUCCUUGAACCCUUCGAACCAGGGUUCGAACCUUAAUAUUCCGUACAAUUCCGCGAUGGGUUUCGUGGGGGCUUCCUUGCCGGAAUACCAACUGCUCUACCGGCCGGCGGCAUGCAAUUCGGUUCAGGCGAAGACCUCGGCCAACACCGACAGCGGCCUCACGUGCAACGUGCCCGUCUCCAGAAAGCGUCAACGUGACUCAGUCAGUCACUUAUACGGCAAUAUUUUCGACCGGCUGCCGCCUUCUCUCGCCGCCGGCGAGGACAUCAUGCCGCAAAUCCAGCAGUAUCAGUUGGACAUCGAUGCCAUUAUCUCCCAACACAAUAAGAAAAUCCGAUUGGAAUUGGAAGAGAGGCAAAAGCAGCAGACGAGGCUGCUGGCGGCGGCCGUCGGCGAAGGGGCAAUGAGGAAAUUGAGGGAGAAAGACGAACAAAUCCAGAGAAUGGGAAAAUUGAAUUUAGUCCUUCAGGAAAGAGUUAAAAGCCUCUACGUCGAGAAUCAGCUGUGGAGGGAUCUGGCGCAGACUAACGAGGCCGCCGCGAAUUCCCUCCGAAACAACCUUGAGCAAGUACUCCUCCAUAUCGGCUCCGAGGGCGUAUCGGGCGGCGGCGGCGUCCCGGCCGCCGGAGACGAGGAGGAGGACGUCGAGUCGUGCUGCGGCAGCAGCGACGGAGGUCGCGGCCGGGAGGAGGAAACCGUCGCCGCCGGAAGGGAGAGGAUGUGCAGAAUGUGCGGCGAGAGGGAGCCGUGCGUGCUGCUGCUGCCGUGCCGGCACCUGUGCCUGUGCGGGCCGUGCGGCGGCGGGUCGCGGCAGCUGAGGGAGUGUCCCGUCUGUAACGCCAGCAUGGACGCGACGCUCCACGUCAACAUGACGUCAUCGUAGGAUUUGGAUCAGUAGUUGUAGCGUAGAUGUAAGAAACAGAAAAAUGAGAAGGAAAAUAUUGGAACAUAGUUUUUUUUUUUUGUUGUUGGUAGAUUUGUUUG